CGGAGGUGCUGCGGCUAGCGGCGGUCGCCCCAAACGCGGGCGGCUACAGACAGUAGCGGGUUACCCUCAGUGCUGUCUUCAACGGAAGGGGCUCUUCUUCCGCCCGCGAAUGCUUCUCGCGAUCUCUAUAGUGCUCGCCGCGACGGCAGCAGCUCACGAGUUGAACUGCUGCUCAAAAGCUCAGGGAAAUUGCAGGAUAGCAUGCCAAAGGUUUUACUCGCAGUCCCAAGAUACUUCGGUCGACCUGGAAACCAAAGAGCAGAGGCAACUCGACUUGAAGAAUUUCUGCACGUCACAAAUUCAUUUCUGGAAAUGCAUCAAUAAGACGGAAGAUGAAGUGGAGGAAGAAUACAGCUGGGGCGUGUGCUGUGAAGAGGCUCAAUCGGAACGAUGCCAUCAAGCCUGCAAAUCUGCAAAAAGUGCAUCAGAACUACAACAUCACUGCAGAAGGAGUGAUGAACUUGUGCUCUAUGGCUGCAUCCAAAAGCAAGAGGCUGGAGAGGAAUGCUGUGGUUACGCUCGUAGUCCAGAAUGCCAUAGCAUGUGUAGGCGAUGGCUACAACAAACAGGUCGCAUGUCUUGGUCGCGAGUGACUGCUGCCUGUACCAAUCCUGUCCUUCAGUGUCUCAACAAUAUAAGCAAACCAUUUCUGUUAUCGAGCCCUCAGAAGUAUAUUCACUGUUGUGAAUUUGCUUCAACAGGAAACUGUAAAGAGGUUUGUAAGAAAACCUUGAAAAAGAGAGCAUCGGAUGUGGAAAUCAUGAACAAUCUGAAAUCAGCAUGCGGGCCUAUUUUGCUUCAUGGUGGUGAAAUGAAAAUGACCCAGUGUCUGCUGCAUACCGAAGCUGAAGGUUACACAAAAAGAGAAAACAAUGAAUCAGGAGAGCGUAGCACUAAGGAGAUCGCAAUGCUUCACUGUUGUAACAAAGCUUCAUCAAAUCAAUGCAGGAAGCUUUGUCAUAAAACUUUUCAUCAUUCAUUCGACACCUGGCCUGAGUUUAACAGCCAAUGCCUUAUAAAUUCAACUGAAGAUAACUUAUCACAGUGCAUGGAUGAAGCUGUGGAGCCUUGUGAGCUGGGUUGUGAGGGAUUAUCUUUUUGUACCGACUUCAACAACCGCCCGGCGGAUAUGUUUCGAUCUUGUGAAACACAGCCAGAUCAAGAUGCAGAACACACUAUAAAUAAUUUAAUAAAUUACAAUUAUAUAACAUUACCAAAUAAAAAAAGGCUUUACAUCAAAAAAAUUACCGAAUGUGAGCCUAAACACUUCAAAACUAUUGCUUGUUUGAUUCAAAUAAGGCCAUGUCACAGGCUGUCGCAAACUACAAGAAUUUGUUAUGAAAAUUGUACUAACUUGUUAGAAGAAUGUGCAGAUUUUGAAAAGAUGAAAGAUACUUCUGUCGAAGAGAUUUGUAAUUCGUUGAGCAUCAAGACAGCCAAUACAAACUGCAUUAGUAUUGAAGCUUUUGAUAACCUCAACCCACCUAUGACAUAUUCUGAAACAUUGACACGACCUUGCAAAUUAUCGCUUUGUUCAGAAAAUCAAAUUUGUCGCAUCAAUAGAUCUUGCAAUUCACCACGAGAUGACUGUGAUGUAUUUACCUGUACACCUGGCUGUUUUCUUGGACAGUCACAUGGCUUACUCGCACCAGUAAAGUCUUAUGUCCGUGUCCCAACUCCAGACAAAAAAUGUUCUUCUUCAAUCUGUCAAUGCACACCCCAAGGUUCGAUCAAACAUUGUAAAGAAGAUUGUAACACCCAUGAAGGAAGCAAUUGUGAUGAUAAUGUACAUGGAUCAUCCUAUUUGAUUGACUGCAACCUGUGCUCAUGCUAUCAUGGGGAGACGAUCUGCAGCAAGAAGCAGUGUAACAUUACUUCACUCGGUAUCUCUUCGCCACGAUUCAACACUUUUCCAUGUAAUUGCGAGGCGGAUUACGUACCUGUUUGCGGCAAUGGUGUGACCUAUCCCAAUAAAUGUUUAGCUGGAUGUGCUAUGGUGGCUGAAAUCAAAACUGGAGAGUGCAGUGCAUUUAAUCCUUGUGCUGAAAGAGACAUCUGCCAGCCGUCUGAAGUGUGCUUGCCGAAGAGGAUUGCCUGUUUUACGGAGAUUCACAAAUGUCCGCAAUAUGCGUGUGUCAAUACCAAGAUGUCUUGCUAUAACAUGCCUGAGGAACCAGUGUGCGAUACUGAAGGCCAUACUCAUGAAAACCCCUGUUAUUUGGUGCAGGAGAAGAAAACACUGGCCUACUUUGGACGCUGCUUGGCUAACUGCCGAAAUGAGGGUAUAGUUUGUGGAGUGGAUGGCAAUGAUUACAUGUCGGAAUGUGCAGCCCACGCUCGCUACAUCUCAGUGGAUUAUUUUGGGCCCUGUGUGGCUUUUGGUACUAUUUCGGACGAGCCGAAGGUGCAAUGCGCUCAAGUGAAUUGUCCACCGCUGGCAGCGCCACACUGUACAGCCUUCACGCCACCUGCAGCCUGUUGCCCAAUCUGUGCUGGUGCCUUUACAGCCCUCAUUAGUAAAAAGGAAGUGGAGAGAGGAAUACUGAUCAGCCCACACGGCCUCGAACAAUUCAGUGUCGAAACAGUCUUGGCUCAUUUGGAAAGGGAAGUGAGCAUAACCGAGUGUGCUCUGAGAGGACAUCUUACCAUAGAGAUGGAGCUCCUAGUGAUGAUCGUCCCUACUAAACCCAAACCCACAGCUCUCGAGCGGGAAGCCUGUGUCAGGGAAGCCGAGAAGAUUACAAUUCUCAUUCAGAGGCAGAGUCCAAGAAUGAAAACAAUCACGAGUACGAGCAUUCUGACAGCUGCUCGCAUCGUUCAUCAACCGAACAAAGACAGUGGUGCUCUUCUCCUUCCGACCAUUCUUCUAUAUCUGAUAGCGUUAUUGCUUAACUUAUAAGUUGCCCUUUCAUUUACUGUUCGCUCGUCAUUACCUGCUCCGUCGUUAUGUUAUGACAUUUGAAAUGUCAUAAUAGACUGAGAGGCUAUACUAUUGUCUAUUUGACGGUAGUUUCUGCAAUGCAAUGGCUAUUUUUUGAAGAAAUGUUGAAAAAUUUGUGAGAUAGCUCUUCUGUUGAUUCUUAUAGAUGCAAGAUUAGUGCUAUGACUUAUAUUUCAUUGAUUGGCAGUUUGCUCAAAUUUUUCACAUUCCUUUCUCUUUUAUCCUAAACUUUUUUUAUUAUUAUUACCUCAGUGAAGAUUGAAGUCGUGUUGAUGUUACAUUUCUUAAAAUACCCAAUUUUAAGUGUUAUAUAUAAAUAUGUCUAAGAUUUAGUAAAUAUCACCUUUCUGUGCAAUAAUGGUCAAAGGCUACACAAAAAUAUCAUAUUUCAGUCUUCUGAUUUUGAUUAAAUGAAAUGAGUUUUUUUUUUUUAUUAUCAUAACCUUUAAUAUUAUUGUUAUAAAGUCAAAAUCAGAUGAGAUUAUUUUUCUUCUCGUGUGCCAUAAAUUACACUUUGUGUUUUCUAUGAUGGAGACUGAUUUAAUUCUGAUAGUAAGAAAUUGUUGAGGAUCAGGGAUGUAUAAAAGUCAUAUAAUUAUUCUAGUGAAUAUUUUUGUUACUUAUAAGUACCACGGGUUUCCAAUUUCCAAUAUUAUUAUUUUAAUUUACUCUUUUAUGUAUAUUAGAAAUUUCAGGAUGCUCGUAAUAACAGAUAUAGUUAGCUUUAUUGAAAAUUACUAGUAAAUUAUUUGAUAAAUAUUAAUCUUAACUAAAUGGAAUUGUUUUGAAAGACUGAAACUAUAAGAAAAUGCACUAAAGAUCUUACUAAUUCUAUUCUGUAUUCAAUAGAAAAUUCUCAGUUCCACACAUAUAGGUGUUGAAAUGGUUAUUUUGAUAUUCAAGAUACAGUGUUAUUUUGAAUGGCUACUAACAAAUAAAUACUAUUACAUACUUAAUUAGUCCAUUAUUUCUUGUUAUGAAAAUUACAUAUAUAAUGUUAAUAUUAAUUUUCUAUUCAUGAAUAAUGAAUUAAUGAAUCAGCCUGAAAUAGCUGAAUAAGUACUGAGCAAUAAUUAUCUAAAUCUUAAUGUUAUAUUUAUUGUUAUUUAAAUUUAAAAAAUCUUCAUAUAAUCAACAAUAAACAGUUUAUUGAAAAAAUAUGUUUGAUAAUCAUCAAAGCUUCUUAUUAUGGUAAUAAUAAGGAGGAAUGAUCAAAGAUUUGAAAAGUCACUUAUAUAAUUUAUUGUUGAUAACAUUGUAAAAUGUUAAUAAUACUAAAUUAAAAAUAAAUAAAUUAAGGUCUUAAUGUAAUUACAUUUUUGUUAACAUGAUUAAUCAGUUAGAACUACUAUUUGAAUAAAAGGUAAUUUUCUUUCAUCCCUGGUUUUCAUUGUAAAUAAUAACUAUACUAAUUAUGUGUACUAUAUAUAUAUAUAUAUGAGAUGAUUUAAUAGUUUACAGUAAUCAUAUUUUUUAUCAUUGUCUUAGGCAUGGAUGUUAGUAGUGAUUAUGCCAAAGUUAUAGAAUGUAUUAUAUAUUUAAACUUAUUUCCAAAGCAGGUUGCCAAAGUAGUUUCUUUAAAAAAAAAAAAAAAGAUUAAAAUUAUUUUCCCAAAGUAAUGAGGCCAAAUUCGCAACUAGUGCCAAAACAGAUAUGUAAUAUAGGUUAAUGAAUAUGUGUAUUUUAAUGUGAAUGUUAAGUAUUGUCUAUAAUUUAAAUAUUUAAUGAAAAUAUUUUAUAAUUAUGUGUAUAUAUUCUGAGUUUAGUUUUAAACAAUCCUUUUUCUCUGAUAUUAGUCUAGCAUUUAUUAGCAAGAAUUAAUAUUUCAAAAAAAUAUAUAUGUAAGCUUACUUUCAGCCAUCUUUGGUUCAACCAGUACCAUUGAAUGGUCUAUUGCCAACAGCUGUGGCGUUAUAUGGUGAUGUUACUUUGUUUUGAUAUAAGUGCAAAUCUUUGAAAUAUAUAUUUUGAUGUUAGAACAUUUAUAUUGUGAAAUUAAUGCAAUCAAAAUAUGAAAGUGAUGUAAUAAAGUCUUCUCAUUAAUACAAUGAACAUCCUUUCUGGAAGAUUUUGGAAAUGGUUAUGUACUUUUAAAUUCCAAUUAUAGUGGGUCACCUAACAUUUAUGUUUGGAGUAUAAAAUCAGUGGAAUUGAACCCACGUCAAUUUCCUCCUGUAUGUAGAACUGAAAUUUCAAUAGUCUUGACUUAAAGGAACACUUAAAAAAAUAAAUAAAUAUUUUUUCCAGAGUAUAUCUAACUCAGUUAUAAUUUACUUUUUUUUCAUAGGAUUAUAUUUCACUUUAAAAAUUGGCAAAAGGAGUAUAUAUUCAUUUUGAAGUAUUUCUUAUCUUCUUGAUAUUGUAUCACAAACAUUAUUAAAAAUAUAUUUUCAUAUGUAGCAAUGGAUACUUACAAAAUCUUGAGAUUAAGUAUUUUUAACAGUUUAUGAUCAUUUUUAAAAUUAUGAAAGAUAUAGAAUUUUAUUUAGUUGUAAAUUUUUAAUUAUUACAGUUUCAGGGGAUAGUAAUAAUUUUAUAAUCGAUAUUAUGAUAUUAUCGAUAUAAUGAAUAACAAAGCGCUUAUGUCUAAAAUUUGUUUUCAAUUAAUUAUAUUCUAUUGAAGCACUUGAUCAUUAAAGAAACUAUACAAGUCUUUUUUUUCCUUUCAUAACUUUAUUUUUUAUUUUUUAUAAAAGCUAUUAAAGAUAUAUUUUGAAUAUAGUUUUAAUGUAACCAUUGGCUAGAAGUAGAUGUGUUAUUAUUUAAUGUUCAAAAUCAAUAUUUUUAUUUCUGAAACCGGAAGCAAAAAUAUAGGCUCUAAUUAUUGACACUUUUUAAGUUUUCUGAAAUAUUUUUUUAAUUAUAACUGCAAUUAUCAAUAAUGUAUUUGAACUAAAAUGAAAUAUAUCAAUAUUAUUUAUAGUUCAUAAAGAUUUAUAUAUAUGUUUAUUUAUAAUGUAACUAUAAUACUUAAUUUUAUCAAAAUGAAAAUGCAUUUUUAUGAAUUUCAUAUAAUAUUUAUAUUUUUAUUGAAUUGAUUAAUGAUGUCCUUUAAAUAUGAUUAAAUGCUAGACAAAUUUUGAUGUAUACUUUGAUGUUUAGGACUUGUAACUUAUAAGUGUCAUUUUAAUUUUCUGUUCAACUUUUUUACUGAAUCGUUAUGUUUGUUUGUACAAUUGAAACCUCUAUAAAUGAGACUUGAAGUUCUAUGAGAGGGUGUAGGAAUUGGAGGGUGUGAAUUGGAGUUUAUUACUUUUGUGCGCCAAAAUACCAAAAAAACUCUACAAUGUUUAAUAAUUUUUAUAAAACAAAGUAGUUCAAUUAGAUUUCUCAAAUAUCAGCAAAUUUUAGAAUAUAUGGGGAAGACAGUAAACAGAUAAAUUGAAACUGCAGGAUAAUAGAGAGAAUGACAAUCUUGAAGCUUGCUCGGGUGCCAGUUAAUGUAGCACAUCACAAUUUCUUGAAUAAAGAAAUAUAUGUAGACAUUUUUAAGCAUAGAAAAAACAAUUACCAUGUUACAUCAAAGACAAAAGUACAAUUUAAUAAUUUUUCCUGGUUUUUUUUUUGCCUCCAAUGUGGUCUCUUGACAACAAUCGAGGUUAUAUAUAAAGAUUGAUUUAUCUUAUAUAACUGUGGUUCCACAAUCAAAUGUCUCACCUACUUUAAAAAUGGCCCAAAUUCAAUUCUCUCAUUUGGUUGUUUUAAUUAAGAAAAUUUUCAACAUACUUCUGUUGCAUAUAAUAUUUUGUUUUUCUUGACUAUUUUUUAAAUGAUUUUUUGCACUAUAUAUAUAUUCCUAUAUAUAUAUAUAUAUAUAUAUAUAUAUAUAUAUAUAUAUAUAUAUAUAAGUCCUAUUCUAUAUAUAUUCUUAUCUUGAGGUCCUGCUUCUGUACUAAUACAAAACUGAAGAUUUUUUUAUGAUGAUUUAUUUUCAAAUAAAAAAAAUCAAACUUUUGAGAGUUUUUUUAUAGGAGAAUUUGCCAUGGGUUAUAAUUAUGCCAUCAUACUUCAGUGAGGAGACAUGAAAAUAUAUUUUACCAAACUGUGAGCAGAAUAUGGGUCACAUAGUUAUAUAUUAUUUGUAGAUGGAAGGUAAAUACAGCUCUACGGGUAAUUUAUACUUGUUGUUGCCCUAUAUAUAAUAUUAUGAAGUACAAACGUAUACCAAAUAACACACUAGAUAGAUUGUUGAUAAGAUCCAAAUAAUAACAGUGAAUUAUAUUGAAUUACACUUCAGCCAUAAUGCACCAGUGCAAAACACUAUAACAUGUUAAGGGGAGAAUCUAAGUUUUACUCAACAUAGAGAAAAUUUUUAAAACAAAAAUGCAAAAUUUGAGGGGAAAAUGAUAUGAGAAAUUUCAACAUAUAGGGGUUAAAUUGUAUCUGUGUAUUUUUUUAUAUGUGAUAAAAAAACUUGUGUUUUAUGUUAAUUUUCAUAAAUUAUUGUUCUAUCUGUGAUAUUUUCAUUUUUUUUUUUUUUAUAUAUACAAUCUGAAUACUUUGUUAUAAAUUUGUUUAUUUUUUAUUAGAAAUUAAGGUACUACUAUUUUUUUCAUGUUUUUAAUUAUUACUUAUAAUUUAAUCAUUAUUCAAAGUGAUGGAAAACAUAAGCGUGUUGGUUGGUUAUCGAUAAUUCAUAGUUUUUGUUUAAAUUGUUUAAAUAAAUGACUGUUUAUUGUUUAAAAACAUU